GCGGGGGUGCGCCCGAGAGUGCCCCGGCGUGUUCGCUUAGUUCAGUGAAUCAGAACAAUGACUGCGCCGCCGGGUCCCUGGGAGCGCCUCGGAGGACUGUGAGCAGCCGCCGCCGGGAGAGCGGCGGGCGGCGCAGCCUGGGCCGCGAGGUGUCAACGCCGGGCUCCGGAGCCUGCAACGCAGACCCUGCCCAGCGCCCGCAGCCCGCGCGGAGCCGCGGGGCUCCAGCGCUGCAGCCGCUCCUCGGCAGCUGUGCAUUGUUGUGAUCCGGAGCCGGGGCGCGGGGAUUACAAAGCCGGAGCACCCGGGAGCCCUCUUUCGCCAUGUGGAUACCUACGGAGCACGAGAAAUACGGCGUGGUUAUUGCCAGUUUUCGAGGAACCGUCCCCUUCGGCCUGUCAUUGGAAAUUGGAGACACAGUUCAGAUCCUGGAGAAGUGUGAUGGCUGGUACAGAGGAUUUGCCUUAAAAAACCCAAAUAUCAAGGGAAUCUUUCCUUCCAGCUACGUUCACUUGAAAAAUGCCUUUGUAAAGAACAAAGGACAAUUUGAAAUGGUUAUUCCCACUGAAGACUCGGUUAUCACAGAAAUGACAUCAACACUAAGAGACUGGGGAACCAUGUGGAAACAACUCUAUGUGAGAAACGAGGGAGACCUCUUCCACCGGCUGUGGCACAUCAUGAAUGAAAUCCUGGACCUGCGCCGGCAGGUGCUGGUGGGCCACCUGACCCACGACCGGAUGAAGGACGUGAAACGCCACAUCACCGCCCGCCUCGACUGGGGCAAUGAACAACUAGGACUGGACCUGGUGCCCAGGAAAGAGUAUGCAAUGGUGGACCCAGAGGACAUCAGCGUCACCGAGCUCUACCGAUUGAUGGAGCAUCGACAUCGCAAGAAAGACACCCCCGUGCAGGCCAGCAGUCACCACCUGUUCGUGCAGAUGAAGAGCCUCAUGUGCUCUAACCUGGGAGAGGAGCUCGAGGUCGUCUUCUCGCUCUUUGACAGUAAGGAGAAUCGACCAAUCAGUGAGAGAUUUUUCCUGAGGCUGAAUAGAAACGGGCUUCCCAAAGCCCCAGAUAAGCCAGAACGACACUGCUCUCUCUUUGUGGACCUGGGCAGCAGCGAGCUAAGGAGGGACAUCUAUGUCACCGUGCACAUUAUCCGAAUCGGCCGAAUGGGGGCAGGAGAGAAGAAGAACGCCUGUAGUGUCCAGUACCGGCGACCCUUUGGCUGCGCAGUGCUUAGCAUCGCCGACCUGUUGACCGGAGAGACGAAAGAUGACCUCGUCCUGAAAGUGUACAUGUGUAACACAGAGAGCGAGUGGUACCAAAUCCAUGAGAACAUCAUCAAAAAGCUGAAUGCGCGUUACAAUUUGACUGGCUCCAACGCGGGUUUAGCAGUUUCCCUACAACUGUUGCAUGGAGACAUCGAACAAAUCAGGAGAGAGUACUCAUCGGUGUUUUCCCAUGGAGUGUCCAUAACGAGGAAGUUGGGUUUUUCUAAUAUUAUUAUGCCUGGUGAAAUGAGGAAUGAUUUAUACAUCACUAUAGAAAGGGGAGAAUUUGAGAAAGGAGGCAAGAGUGUGGCCAGAAACGUGGAAGUUACGAUGUUCAUUGUAGAGAGCAGCGGCCAGACCUUGCAGGACUUCAUCUCCUUGGGCUCCGGAGAGCCGCCCGCCGGCGAGUACCGCUCCUUCGUGCUGUAUCACAACAACAGCCCGCGCUGGGCCGAGCUAUCACCGGGUCUGACUGGCCUAGCUCAGGUCUCCUGCUCCCCCGAGCUGGGCUUUCCUGCAAAGGAGAAAGGAGAGAAGAAGCUGUUUGGUUUCUCUUUCGUCCCCCUGAUGCAGGAAGAUGGGAGGACCCUCCCGGAUGGCACUCACGAGCUCAUCGUGCAUAAGUGUGAAGAAAACACCAAUCUUCAGGAUGCCACCCGCUACCUCAAACUCCCCUUUUCCAAGGGCAUUCUCCUUGGGAACAAUAAUCAAGCCAUGAAGGCCACGAAGGAGUCUUUUUGGAUAACAUCUUUUCUCUGCUCCACAAAACUCACACAGAACGGCGACAUGCUUGAUCUUUUGAAAUGGAGAACCCACCCGGACAAGAUCACAGGCUGUCUGUCUAAACUGAAAGAAAUCGACGGCUCAGAGAUAGUCAAGUUUCUGCAAGAUACGCUGGAUACCUUAUUUGGAAUUUUAGAUGAAAAUUCCCAAAAAUAUGGGUCUAGAGUGUUUGAUUCUUUGGUCCACAUAAUAAAUUUGCUGCAAGAUAGCAAAUUUCAUCAUUUUAAGCCUGUGAUGGACACUUACAUUGAGAGUCAUUUUGCUGGGGCACUUGCAUACAGAGAUCUCAUCAAAGUGCUCAAGUGGUAUGUGGACAGGAUCAUGGAGGCUGAGCGGCAGGAACACAUCCAGGCGGUGCUGAAGGCACAAGAGUACAUUUUCAAGUACAUCGUCCAGUCUCGAAGGCUGUUCUCCCUCGCCACCGGCGGCCAGAAUGAGGAGGAAUUCCGCUGCUGCAUCCAGGAGCUCCUCAUGUCCGUCCGCUUCUUCCUGUCCCAGGAGAGCAAAGGGUCUGGAGCGCUAUCCCAGUCACAGGCUGUGUUCCUGAGUUCCUUCCCAGCCGUGUACUCAGAGCUGUUGAAGCUCUUCGAUGUGAGGGAAGUGGCCAGCUUGGUCCAGGACACGCUGGGCAGCCUGCCGACCAUCGUGCACGUGGACGACGCCCUCCAGGCCGUGAAGCUGCAGUGCAUCGGCAAAACCGUGGAAAGCCAGCUGUACACCAACCCAGAUUCCAGGUGCAUUCUCCUGCCUGUCGUGUUACAUCACCUUCACAUGCACCUGCAGGAGCAGAAGGACCUGGUCAUGUGCGCGCGCAUCCUCAGCAACGUGUUUUGUCUCAUCAGGAAAAACGGCUCAGAAAAAUCCGUGUUGGAGGAAAUAGAUGUGAUAGUGGCCAGUCUGCUCGACAUCCUGCUGAGGACCAUACUGGAGAUCACCAGUCGGCCUCAGCCGUCUGGCUCUGCCAUGCGGCUCCAGUUCCAGGACGUCACGGGGGAGUUCGUUGCUUGUCUCCUGUCCCUGUUACGACAAAUGACAGAUAGACAUUAUCAACAGCUUCUUGAUAGCUUCAAUACAAAAGAAGACCUACGGGAUUUCCUGCUGCAGAUAUUUACUGUCUUCCGGAUAUUGAUCCGCCCAGAGAUGUUUCCGAAGGACUGGACAGUUAUGCGCCUGGUGGCUAACAAUGUUAUUAUUACAACAGUUCUGUACCUGUCAGAUGCACUUCGUAAGAACUUCUUAAAUGAGAACUUUGAUUAUAAGAUCUGGGAUUCCUACUUUUACCUCGCAGUCAUCUUUAUAAACCAGUUGUGUCUGCAAUUGGAGAUGUUCACACCUUCCAAAAAGAAAAAGGUGUUGGAAAAGUAUGGUGACAUGCGGGUGACAAUGGGCUGUGAAAUUUUCAGCAUGUGGCAAAACCUAGGUAAGUGAUGAAAAGGGAAGCCACCUCCAUUUUCCAAGCUCAUCACUAUACCUUUAAGUUUGGUAGGAUUCGUUUACUACCACUGCACUGUCAUUCCUCCUGGUGAUUUAUGGAACAUGCUGAUCCCCAUAAUGCAUUAUUCCUCAGACAUCUGGGAAAAGCGAAGGGGAGGAGAGAGAAAGUAAUGUUUGGGUAUGUUUCAGGUGGAAGCCAAGCUAAUUGACAAAUUGGACAGCCUGAUGUCAGAAGGUAAAGGUGAUGAAACCUACCGUGAACUCUUCAACAGUAUUCUACUAAAGAAAAUUGAGCGGGAAACAUGGAGGGAAAGUGGCGUUUCCUUAAUCGCCACUGUAACGCGGCUAAUGGAGAGGUUGUUAGAUUACAGGGACUGCAUGAAAAUGGGAGAGGUAGACGGNGAACAAUCACACUUCUGCUUGUUUUUACAGAACUUCUAUAAGACUGAGCUGAACAAGGAAGAGAUGUACAUACGGUACAUUCACAAACUCUAUGACCUGCAUCUCAAAGCACAGAACUUCACAGAGGCCGCCUACACCCUCCUGCUGUACGACGAGCUGCUGGAGUGGUCGGAGCGGCCCCUGCGGGAGUUCCUGAGCUACCCCGUGCAGACGGAGUGGCAGCGGAAGGAGCUACUGCACCUGACCGCCAUCCAGAGCUUCGACCGGGGCAAGUGUUGGGAGAACGGCAUCAUCUUAUGCCGGAAGAUUGCGGACCAGUACGAGAGUUACUAUGACUACAGGAACCUGAGCAAGAUGCGGAUGAUGGAAGCCUCUUUGUAUGACAAAAUUAUGGACCAGCAACGUCUUGAACCAGAGUUCUUCAGAGUUGGAUUUUAUGGGAAAAAAUUUCCAUUUUUCUUAAGAAACAAGGAGUUCGUGUGUCGAGGGCAUGACUACGAGAGGCUGGAGGCCUUCCAGCAGAGGAUGCUGGGCGAGUUCCCCCACGCCAUUGCCAUGCAGCACGCCAACCAGCCCGACGAGACCAUCUUCCAGGCGGAAGCUCAGUAUUUGCAGAUAUACGCUGUGACCCCCAUCCCAGAGAGCCAGGAGGUCCUGCAGAGAGAGGGCGUUCCGGACAACAUCAAGAGCUUCUAUAAAGUGAACCAUAUUUGGAAAUUCCGUUAUGACAGACCAUUUCACAAAGGCACAAAGGACAAAGAAAAUGAAUUCAAGAGCCUCUGGGUGGAGAGAACGUCCUUAUACCUGGUGCAGAGUUUGCCUGGGAUUUCCCGCUGGUUCGAGGUGGAGAAGCGAGAAGUGGUAGAAAUGAGUCCUCUGGAAAAUGCCAUUGAAGUGUUGGAAAAUAAGAAUCAGCAGCUGAAGACGCUGAUUAGUCAGUGUCAGACCAGACAGAUGCAGAAUAUUAACCCCCUGACCAUGUGCCUGAAUGGAGUUAUAGAUGCUGCGGUUAACGGUGGCGUGUCCAGGUAUCAAGAGGCAUUCUUUGUCAAGGAAUAUAUCCUAAGUCACCCUGAAGAUGGAGAGAAAAUUGCACGGUUAAGGGAGUUGAUGCUUGAGCAGGCACAGAUUUUGGAAUUUGGUUUGGCCGUGCACGAGAAGUUCGUACCCCAAGACAUGAGACCCCUUCACAAAAAGUUGGUCGACCAGUUCUUCGUGAUGAAGUCGAGCUUAGGGAUACAGGAGUUCUCUGCUUGUAUACAAGCCAGUCCAGUCCAUUUUCCAAAUGGAAGCCCUCGCGUGUGCAGAAACUCAGCACCUGCUUCUAUGAGCCCAGAUGGUACCCGGGUAAUUCCUAGACGCAGCCCGUUAAGUUACCCAGCUGUCAACCGGUAUUCUUCCUCCUCAUUGUCCUCCCAAGCGUCUGCCGAAGUAAGCAAUAUUACAGGGCAAUCAGAAAGCUCUGAUGAAGUCUUUAACAUGCAGGUACUUGAUUACUCUGUCUCUGAAAAGGGGCCUCAUACAGAGUGCCACAUACGUGCCUUGAACACGUGUUUGGAGACAAGGGUUCUUGUCCCUUUGCAGAGGCUGCUGUUCAAUCAUAUUGGAGACGGGGCCCUGCCACGCAGCGACCCAAAUCUUUCUGCGCCUGAGAAAGCUUCACCAGCGAGACACACGACGUCGGUGUCCCCCUCGCCUGCCGGGCGAUCUCCAUUGAAGGGCUCCGUGCAGUCCUUCACCCCCUCCCCCGUGGAGUACCACUCGCCAGGACUCAUCUCCAACUCCCCCGUCCUGUCGGGCAGCUGCAGCAGUGGGAUUUCGUCUCUCAGCCGGUGCAGCAUGUCGGAGACCUCAGGCUUCGAAAAUCAGGUGCACGAGCCGCCGGCCCCGGGGUCGGGCCCCGGCUCCAGCGGGCGCGAGGAGCCUGUGCGGAAGGACAGCAAGACGCCGCCGCCCUACAGCGUGUACGAGCGGACUCUGCGGCGCCCGGUCCCCCUACCUCACAGCCUCUCCAUCCCCGUCGCGGCCGAGCCGCCCGCCCUGCCCCCCAAGCCUCUGGCGGCGCGGUCGGGCCACCUGGAGAACGGGGCCCGGAGGACUGAGCCCGGCCCGCGGCCCCGGCCUCUGCCUCGCAAGGUCUCGCAGUUAUGAGUCACUUUUGUACUUACCCGCGAUGAAUUCUUUGCCGUUUACAGGAGACUAAGAAGUGUGAUGAGAAGACAUUUAGUGUAGGCACUUUAAUAACUUAGAUUUGUCUUUCAAUGAAUGGAAUUAAAACUCGCUUAUUAAUGUUGCACAAUAUUAAAAGUUACUGACCUAAAACGCCAGAUGUUACAUGAGGUAUGGCUGACAUUUCAUUAAAAAGUUUCUCAUUUGAAAGUGGUAAAUAGGGAUAAAGACUCCUUUUGUAUCUUUUUAUGUUCCCCUUUUUUUACAUAGUUUAAUGUUAAAACCAAUACAGUAUUGUCGAACAAUACGACGUGUGAUGAUGUUGUACACUUUUUACUGAAUACUUGAUACUCUGAGAAAGCUUAUUGCGUCACUGCACAUCCUAACACAACGGUCCUGACGUUAGAAGCCUUUUAGGAAAUUAGGUGAGAUUCCUGGCUCCUACAUGAGUAGACUGAUGCAUGUCAUCAGAAUUAAAAGUUAAAGCAGGGAGUUAAGACAGUAUGCUUACGGGGUGGCAAGGAUUGGCACUGGGAGUUUUGUUCUUAAAAUUCUCCUUUAAGGUUGCUUUUCACAUAUGACAGCUGUCUACAUUCUUAAAAUUUCACUUUGUGAAUUGAUUGGUAAAUCCUUUAGUACCCUGACGCCAUGGUAUCUACUGUAUUUCUUUUCAAGGUGCAAUUUACUCUCAGAGUAAAGAUCAGGCAAAAUCGGGUAGAUUAAGUAAAAGACCCCCAGGAGAAAUGAUUGUGUGAAUCUUGUGCUUCCUUACUGAAUGCUUUCCUGGACCAGAUUUGUCAUUGAAGAAGAACAGAUGCUCAUAUAUUAAACAGGCACAAAUGAAUGUGUCCCAUUAACAAGAAUUCAGGAAUCGAUGCAGGGCAGUAUUAAAUCAAUAGUGUAAAUGAAGGAAAAAAAAAACCUGAGAGAAAAUAUAUUAGCAUGAUUAAAUGGCAAGAGGACUUUGAGAAGGCAAGGGCAUUAACUUUCAAUCCUGCACAAAAUAAGAGCUUCCUCUGUCUUCCCUAUUCUACCCCCCUGCCCCCCAAGAGCUUGGUCUUCUCGGCUGCUCCUGUUGGCUUUUGUUGAAAGAGGGUAGCCGUGGACCGCUCUUCCGUAAAUAUCACGUCACAGCAUCCUAGCUGUACGUAGGAUGCAAAUGCCACAGCUGUAGGAGUGUGGAAAAAGCACCUUGGAUGUAGUAAUGUAUUUUGUAUCUGUUUUUUCUUUUACUGACUUCUUUAUAACACUCAAUUGACAAUAGAUAUGAACUGUAUUUUAAAUCAUGCUGUUAAAUAUUUUCCCUCUUUUGUUGGGAAGCUCAUUUUAGUUUAACUGUGUUUGUUUUUGCUGAUAGCUUACCUGGAAGGCAGUGACCACUUUUUUAUAUUCUCUUAAUGAAACCAUUCAGCAGGUAUAUGCUGUUGAGGCUGGUUAUAGAGGUUUUCUAUAAUAAAUGUUCAAGUAUUUUUGUACAUAACUGGUUAAUUUUAAUAAGAGAUACCAUUAUGUGUAAAAAAACCCAGUAAAAAUAGAAGCAAACAGUUGUGGAUGCAGUAUGAUUGUUAUAAUUAUGCCAAAUACUUUAUGUAUGGAAAAAGAAUAUUUGUACAUAUGUGCUUUUAACAAUAAUUCUGCCAUAUUGACUUUACAAUUUUGAAUGUCAGAAAAAUUAAUAUAUGUUAAAAUAUUUAUGUUUAGUGAAGGUAUUCAUAAUUGAGAAAAGGAACAUAUAAAUUUUAGCUUUGUAUCUUGCAAGUUUUGCAGUUGGAAAUUUCUUGAAGUAGCUUUUGCUUUUGAUGAUAACACUUUGUGUUUGUAAUCACAUCCUUGAAAAACACAUGUAGAUAUAUCUAUAUAGUAAGCUCCAUAUAUCUGUUGCUUUAAAGUACAGCCUUCCAUUUAAAUAAGAUGACACGCAUAAGAUAACAAAGCUUCUUGGAUUUCCUUUUCCUCUGUAAUUUAAUAGAUUUGUUCACUUGUGCUUGGGCACAGUGUAAAUCAGUGUUAUUUGCUCUUGAAGCCAUUUUUUUUAAAAAAAAUUUUGCAAUGAACAGUUGAUCAUGUGCGUGUAUUUCUGAAGCAGCUUUAUAGCAGAACAUUUCAAGAGAUUCUGUUAGCUCAAAUGUUCACGUUGGUUGCUGCUGAAUAGUAAAUAUUAAAUAAAAUUACCUGAUUAAUCUUGA